AUGCCUGGCCUACCCGUCACGUUUGCCGUGAUGGGUUAUACGGCAGUCCAGCGCCAUCAACGAAAACUUAGAACAACACCUGUCUGGCUGUUCAAUCCUCGCUUGAUUCCAUCACCGGACUGCGAACCAGCAUCUGCCAUGACUGCGCCUCUACGCGCCGCGCCUACCGACAGCAUCUUUGAGCAACGCGACCCUAUUGGGCGCUCGCACACGCUCGAUCCUGAUGGGGACGUGGUGCUUGUCCUAGAAAAUACGAAUCCAGCUUUCGCCCUGUGGGAUCCAUGCACCACCGCCGGGCUUCAGGAACUUAACCCGUGGUACGAUUCGCACUACCCGUGCUCGGAGACAAGGCCAAAUGGCAAAGCUGACCAUUUCGUACAGCCAGCCUGA